AUGGCCGUGAUCUUGGCUUUCUUGGCGACUGCUGCCGCCUACCCCGCAAACUUGAACUGCGACUUCGCCUGCAUGGGCAACUAUAUGCCCGGCAGCAGCUUCGGGUACAUGAGCAUUGCCAGCAUUGGCAACGAGACGGGCACCAACUGCGUGGUCACCACAAACAUCCCUUCCAGUGGGCCUAUGGCAAAUGAGACCUACACAGUGACGGUGACUUCGACGACCUCUUUGGCACAGAAAGUCGUGGCCAGCACAGGAGACUUCAGCAGCAGCAUGGUGUCCAACACUGGAAAGGGAACCUCUCAAACACACUCCUGGACUGCCAGCGACAGCUCGCCUGUGACCUUUCGAGUUCUUUGUGGCUCAUCCCAGGAGAUGUGGUAUGCCGACACCAUGGCAAGCACCACAACCACAGCCACCACCACAACCAUGGGAGCCACAACCACCGGAGCGAGCACGGUGAGCACGGCCAUGAGUGGAGCAACAGCGUUUUUGCCGCUUUUUGCAAUGUUAGCCUUGAGCGUUUGA